AUGACAAAAUUUUCGGAAGGACAUUAUGACAUUUUAAAUUUAAUAGAGGUAAAGAGUAAUAUUCAAGAGAAAAAUAUACUAGGAUAUAGUGUUGAUUAUACUGUAGGUGGGUUAUUAUUAUUUGGGGGGUUUAGAAUAGAUAUAGAAGAGAAUAAUGGCAUAAUAUGUAACGAUGCUUAUUUAAUUCAUAUAAAAAAAGAUAAGGUAGAAUAUGAAUCUCUGAGUAUUAAAACAAAACCAUCUAUUAGAUGCUAUCAUAAUUCUUGCACAUUAUUAGAAAAUUAUGUUAUAAUAUUUGGUGGAUUGAAUAGUGAAGUUCCUUUUGUUGCUUUGAACGAUUUAUGGGUAUUUAACAGUUUAAAUAAGACAUUUGUUGAAAUAAAAUUAAAAUGUAAAGAAAAAAAUAAAGAUAAAAAUUUAGAAAAUGGCAUAAAUGGAAUUAACGAGAAGGGGUAUAUUUCUCCAACAGAUGAUGAAAAUUGUAGUGAUAAUAAAUAUGGAAAGAAUCAAGAUUAUGGAAGUAAUGAUAGCGAUAGCAAGGAUGGUGAAGAUAUUGAUAAAGAUGAUUCCAUUUUAGAUAAUUCGUAUGUAAAGAAUUUAAAAAAAUAUUUGAAAAGUAAUAAAAGUGAUGAGUUAUAUUCAACUGAUAUACCAUGUCCUCGUUAUUUUUCUAGUUUAGAUUUAUAUAUUAUACGAAAAAAUAAUAUAGAAGAAGAAAAAGAAUUUAAAAAAGAUGAAAUAAAAAUAAUAAAGAAUAGUAUUAUAGUAAGUAAUUGUUUAAAUUAUGAAUAUUUCAGUUUAAUUUUAUUCGGUGGAUAUGGUGGUUAUGAUAGAAGUAGUUAUAAUGAUUUAUAUGAAUUUAAUAUAUUAAAUAAUGAAUGGAUAUUAAGAAGUUGUAAAGGGAAUACACCUUCAACUAGAUACGGUCAUAUAUCAUUUAUACAUGGAAAUAAUUUAUUUAUAUUAGGUGGUACUAAUGCUGAAAUAAGUUUUAAUGAUAUGUAUUCAUGUGAUUUAAAAAAGAAUGAAUGGUCUGAAGUGGAUUUUUCUUAUUCAUUUAAUAUUUCAAAAGUAUUUUGUAGAAGUGUGUUAGUAGAAUCUAUUGAUAGAAAUAUCAUAUUUAUUUUUGGAGGUUAUAAUAUUAUUAGUGAUGAAAAGGGAAAUCGAAAGAUAGAAUAUAACAACAUAGAGUUGAAUAUGUUAAAGUUAUAUGAUACUUUUAAAUUAGAAGAAUUGAAAUAUAAUAUAAUUCAAAAUAAUGAAGAAAAUAUAAUAAAAAAUAAUAAUAUAGAAGAAAUGAAUAAUAAGAAUAGUAAUCAUGUUAAAAAUGAAAUGACAUCUACAAAACAUGAUAUAUAUGAAGAUUCUAUUAUAUCAAAUAAUAUAACCUUCUGUUCUAUAACAUAUGAUUUUAUGGAUUCUAAUUUAAUUAUAACAGAUAGUAAAAAGAAAAUAUAUAUUAUGAAUAUAAGUAAUAUCAUUGGACCCAAAUAUGCUAUAUUUAAUAUAUGGCCAAAACAAUGUGAUAUAAAUGGAAAUAAAAAAUUAUUGUUUAGAGGAAAAGGAUUUACUAAUGAAGGUAAAAUUCUAGUGAAAUAUAAAUCUGAUGAUAUAAAUUUAUAUAGUGAAGGGAUAUAUAUUAAUGAAAAUAAUAUAUAUACUAUAGUACCUAAUGCAAAAAAUAAGAUCCACAAUAAUAUAUGUCAAGUACAAUUAUCUAUUAAUGAUAAAUGUUACACAACUAAUAGUUGUUUUCUAGAAUAUUAUUAUAAUAUUGAUCCUAAAAAUACAUUAAUUUUUGGAAGUGGGUUAUUAGAACCAGUAUGUUUACAAAAGGAUAAUAUCUUUUUUCUGAUUGCAAAAAAUAGCUUGAAUGAACCUAAAAAAAUUGGAGGUGAUAAAUUUCAAAUUAGUAUUAUAUAUGAACAAAAAAGCGAACAAUAUGAUAUCAAAUAUUUUGUUUAUGAUCUAAAUAAUGGAUUUUAUAUAGUCAAAUAUUUCUCAUUUCUUAAUGACAAACAAUUGAAAGAAAACAUACAAAAUGUGGGCAAAAAUAAUAAUAUAGAACAAAUAAAUAAUAAUAAUGAUAAUAAUAAUAAUUUAAAUGAAAAGUCCAAUUGUAAUGUAGUUCAAAUGAAAAAUGAAAAUGAUUCAGAAAUUCUUGAAGGAACUGAAAAUAUAUCUAAUAAAAACUCAAUGAAUAAUCAAGAUAUAAAAAGUAAUAUAAGUAAUCAUAUGGAUAUAUUAGACUUAAAUGGAACCUUAAAAAUAACAGUAAAAUUAAAAGAUGAAAAUAUUCAGAAUAGUCCAUUUUUUCUAAAAGUUGAUAAUAAUUUAAAAGAUAAAAUAAUAUAUGUAAAACAAUUUAUUAAUGAUAGAUUAGAGAAUUUAUUACGAAAAGGAGAAUCUUUAUUUGAGUUAAUAAAAAAUAAAAAUAUGAAUACAAAUAAUUUAAUUCAAUUAAAUAUCAAUAUUGAUCAUUUUCUUAAUAAAUUCCCUGAAGCAAUACAUGACAUAAAUAUUAUAGAACAAUAUAUAUUAUAUGGACUUAUAGAUAUAGAUAAAAUAAAAAAUGUUAUUACGAACUUACAUGACGAGGAUAAUUUGGUGAAUGCUUCUCAAGAGGAAGAAAUAUAUAUUGAUAAAGAAAUCAAUGAAUUAAUAAACAAUGAAAAGCUCAAAAAUGGUAACAACGAUGGCAUUGGAGGAUAUUCUUCUACUACAACAAAUAAUAUAAAACACACUAACCAUGUCCAUACUAAUGAUACACAUAUAAUGAGAGAUAACUUAACACAUCUAAAUGAUAAUAAUGAUACUAGAAAUAACUUUUUAAAAGUAAAAGAUAACAAUAAGAUUGUAGAUUUUAUAAAUGAAAAUAAAUUGAAAUUCCUAGAUUAUAUUGAUCCUAAUAUCAUGAAGAAAUUAAGAAAUUAUAUCAACCUCUUAAAUGCAGAAGAAUUAAACUUAAAAAACAAAAAAGAUAACAAAAAAAUAGAUGAUUCAAAUAAAAAAGAUUUAUCAGGAAUUAAAAAAAAAAAAAGUGAAGAGAAAUUUCAUUUAGAUAAUAUUUUAGAAAAAGAAGAGAAAAAAAUUGAAGUAAUUAAAAAUUUAUUAAUUUUUUAUCAUAAACUUAAAACGGUUUGCUUGUCUAAGAAAGAAAAAGAAUUAAAAGAUGAAUUUAUAAAAGAAGAAAAGGAAAGUAUUAAAAAAUUAAAAUUAAAUUAUAAUAAAUUUGUAAAUAUCAAAAAAAAUUUAGAAGUAUCUAAUGUUUAUUUACAUAAUAAUGGAUAUGAUUCAUCAUUAAAAGAACUUGAAACUACAAAAAAAUAUCUUAUAGAAAUAAAAGAUGAAGUUACAAAAAUAAAACAAAUAUCAGAUAAUAUUAUUAAAAUAGAUAAUGUAGAAGAAUUAAAUACAGAUAUUGAAAAUUUAAAUAAUGAAAUUCAUGAAAUUGAAAAGAUGUGGCUAUUUAUUAAAAAAAAAGAAGAAAUAUUAAAUGAAUUUUUUUUUUGUCCUUUUAAAGAUUUAGAUGUAGAAGAUUUUGAUAUACAAGUAAAAAAGUUACAAAAUGAUUUUAAAAAAAUUAAAGUAGAUAGAAAACAUAAUAUAUGUAAAGAAGAAACAUUAAAAUUAAAAGAAAUUAUAAAAUUUAUUUCUGUUUUGUGUGAAAUUAAAAAACCAUUUAUAAAAGAUAGACAUAUAAAAGAAAUGGAAAAUAAUAUAAAUGAAGAAAAAGAAAAAAAUAAAGAAGAAGAGAAAAUAAAUAUAAUUAUAGAUGAUAGUACAUUAACUAUAUAUUUCUAUAAAUUAAAUGUUAUGAAAUAUCAUGAUACUAUUGAAGAAGUUAUUAUAAAAGCAUAUAAUGAAAAAAUAAUAGAAGAAACUAUUAAUAAAUUUGAAGAUUAUUGGGAUAAAAUAUAUUUUAAAAAAAAAGAAUAUAAAAAUAAUAUACUAUUAACAUAUAUAGAUGAUAUAUGUAUAGACACAAUAGAAGAACAUCAAGUUACUUUACAAAAUUGUUUUUCAUCUAAAUAUUUCCUUUUCUUUUCAGACGAAUUAAAUUUAUGGCAAAAAAAAAUAUCCAAUAUAUAUGAAGUCAUACAAUUAUUAAAAGAUAUAGAAAAAUUGUGGGUAUAUUUACAAAAUAUGUAUAUAUAUUCAGAAGAAGUUAAAAAGGAACUACCUCUAUAUUCUAAAUUCUUUUUAACUAUUAAUGAUGAAUAUCUUGAAAUGUUAAAACAAAUUAUUGAUAAUAAUAUAAAAGUAGUAGAUUUUUCAAACGAAGGAGGAAUAAUAGAAAAAUUAGAAGAAUUAAAAGUAAAAUUAUGUAAAAGUGAAAAACCAUUGAAUGAAUAUUUAGAUUCUAAACGUAAAUCAUUUCCUAGAUUCUUUUUUAUAUCUUCUACUGAUUUAAUAGAUAUUUUAUCUAAUGGAAAUAAUUUUAAACUUGUAAAUACACAUGUGCAAAAAAUAUUUUUAUCUAUUAGAAAAUUUGUAACAAAAAAUGAGCAAUUAACAGAUAACGAAAUACAAAAUGAAGUGAAAUUAGAUAAUGAAGAAACUAGGACAGAAGAAAAAAAUAAAAUUUCAAAUGAAGAUUCUAAUCAAACACAGACAUAUAAAUAUAAUAAAAAGGAAGAAUCUACAAAUAAUAUAAAUGAUGAUAAUAUAAAAAAUGAUAAAGAUGAAAAGGAAGAAACUAUUAUCAAGUUAAUUUCAUCAUAUGGAGAAGAAAUAUGUAAUUUUCAUGAAGGUCUAGUUUUGAAAGGUAAAGUUGAAUGUUAUUUAAAUGAUAUAAUAGAUCAUAUUAAAUAUACAUUAAAAUAUUAUAUUACAAAUUUAUUUACAUUAAAAGAUUUAUUUAAUAAUAAAAAAGAAAAAUGGAUAGAUGAAAAUUAUUUAGCUCAAGUAUUUAUUUUAUGUAAUACUAUAUUUUUUGUAAAUGAUGUAGAAAAUAUAUUAAUUAAAAAAGAUAUUAAUAUAUAUGAAGAAUUAAAUAAAUAUUAUAAAAAUCAUAUUCUUCAAUUAGAAAAUGUUAUUAAAAAAGUUCAAAAAAAAUUAACUAUUAAAAAUAGAAUAAAAAUUAUGUGUAUUAUUACAUUAGAUACAUUUUAUAGAGAUGUACUUGAAGUUAUCCUAAAAAAUAAAUCAUCUAUUUCUAUAAAUAUGUUCGAUUGGCAAUCUCAAAUUAGAAUGUAUCCAUUUUUUAAAAAUCAAAAAAUUAACGAACAAAAUGAAAACCAAACAGAAGAAUCACAGUUAAAAAUGAAUGAUAAUACAUAUACAGAUAAUGAACAUGAAGAAGCAAAACAUGAAUAUAAUAAUAAUAAUAAUAAUAAUAUAUUAAAUAAUGAAUUAUCAAAAUAUACGUGUCUUACACAUUUUAAAGACUUAUAUAUUAAAAUUAAAAUUAUGGAUUGUUCAUUUAAUUAUUCUUAUGAUUAUAUAGGAAAUUAUCAGAGAUUAGUUAUUACUCCUUUAACAAGUCGUAUUUAUAUUACAGCUACACAAGCAUUAAGUUUAUAUAUGGGAUGUGCUCCUGCAGGACCAGCAGGCACAGGUAAAACUGAGACUACAAAAGAUUUAUCUAGUUUUUUUGGAAAAAAUUGUUAUGUAUUUAAUUGUUCAGAUCAAUUAGAUUAUAAAAGUAUGGGAAAUAUUUUUAAAGGUAUUGGUAGUACAGGUUGUUGGUGUUGUUUUGAUGAGUUUAAUAGAUUAAUUCCUGAGGUUUUAUCUGUUUGUUCUAUUCAAUUUAAAUCUAUAUUAGAUUGUAAACGAAAUAAUAAUAAUGUAUGUAUUAUAGGUUCUGAUGAAAUUAUUGUAAAAAAAAAUUGUGCCGUUUUUAUUACAAUGAAUCCUGAUUAUUUAGGUAGAUCUAAAUUACCUGAAAGUCUUAAAAUAUUAUUCAGACCUAUAACAGUAAUUAUACCCGAUUUUAACAAAAUUUGUGAGAAUAUGUUAAUGGCUGAAGGAUAUGUAAAUGCAAAAUAUCUUUCUAUAAAAUUUACUACAUUUUUUGAGCUAGCCAAAAGUUUAUUAAAAGAUAAACAUUGUGAUUGGGGUUUAAGAAGCAUAAAGAGUGUAUUAACAAAAGCUGGAUAUCUGAAAAGAAAUUAUCCUGAUGUAGAUGAAAAUAAAUUACUUUAUUCAGCUAUACAUGAUAUUAAUAUUGCAAAAAUAUCAUCUUCUAAUUGUCCUAUUUUUUCUGGUUUGCUUAAUGAUAUAUUUUUUUCCAAUCAAAAUGAUAUAAAUGAUGUAAAUGAUGUAAAUGAUGUAAAUGAUAUAAAUGAUAUAAAUGAUAUAAAUGAUCAUAAUAGUAACAACGAAGAAAGAAAUGAUAAUAUAAAACAUGAUACAAAUGAUAAUAUAAAACAAAAAGAUAAUAAUGAACAAUUAAAAUUAGAGAACGUAAAAGAAGAAAAGAAAACAAAAAAAAAAGAUUUAGAAGAUAAUAAAGAAAAAGGAUUUUUCAAUUUGAACAAUAUAGAAAAAGAAUUAAUGGAUAUUUGUAAAAAAAAUCAUUUAUUUGGAUUAAAUUAUUUUGUUAAAAAGAUUAUACAAUUAAAUGAUAUAAUGAAUAUAAGACAUUGUGUAUUUAUUAUGGGUGAAGCUGGAUGUGGUAAAACAACACUAUUUAAUAUGUUAAUGGAAUAUCAAAAAAAACAGAAUUUAAAAACUGUAAGUAUACGAAUAAAUCCUAAAUCAAUAAAUAUAGAUGAUUUAUAUGGAAAUGUACAUAUAAAAACAAGAGAAUGGAAAGAUGGUGUAUUUUCUAAAUAUAUGAGAAAUUAUUCUAAAAAAGAUGAUUGUGAUAAAGCUUAUAUAAUUUUUGAUGGAAAUUUAGAUUCUCAUUGGAUAGAAAAUAUGAAUUCAGUUAUGGAUGAUAAUAAAGUAUUAACUUUAUCAUCUAAUGAAAGAAUAUUAUUAAAAAAUCAUAUGAAUUUAGUUUUUGAAUUUAGUGAUUUAAUGUUUGCUACUCCUGCUACAAUAUCAAGAGCAGGUUUAGUUUAUUUUUCAGUAGAUCCUAAUGAUUUAUGGAAAAAUUAUUUUUUAUCAUGGAUAGAUAAACAUGAUAAUUUUAAUAGUAAUAUAAAGAAAUUAUUUGAAAAAUUAAUGUAUAAAUAUGUUGAACCUACAUUUAUUUAUUUAAGUACUUUACAAACAUCUAUAAAAAUAUCACCAAUGUCUCAUAUACAAUCAUUAUCAGCUUUAUUAGAUAUAUUAUUAAUGGAUAAUAAUUAUGAGAGUGUUGAACAUUAUUUCAUUUAUUCAGUUAUAUGGUGUUUUGGUGGAUUUUUAGGUGAAAAGGAUAAUGUAAAUUAUAAAAAAAGUUUUGAUAAAUAUUGGAAGAAUACUUUUAAAAGUAUUAAGGUUAAUCGAAAAAUAAGUGUUUUUGAUUUUUAUGUAGAAAAUAAUAAAUUUAAAGAAUGGGAUGAAGGAGAAAUAACUAAUGAAUUAAAACAAAAUUAUGUAUUACAAGAUGAUAUAUUUAUUGAAACAAUAGAAAGUUAUUCUUAUAAAUAUAUAUGUAAAUUGUUUUUAAAAUCUGAUAUGCCGAUUCUAUUUAUUGGUAAAACUGGUGUAGGAAAAACACAAUUAUGUAAGAAAAUAUUAAAUGAAGAAAAAGAAGAAUUUAAAAGUUUUUAUAUGAUUUUUAAUUAUUAUACUACAUCUAAAAAUGUGCAAACAUUAAUGCAAAGCUGUUUAGAAAAAAAAUCAGGAAAACAAUUUAGUCCACCAUAUCAACAAAAAUUAAUAUAUUUUAUAGAUGAUAUAAAUAUGCCUAAAUGUGAUGAUUAUAAUACACAAAGUGCUAUUGAAUUGUUAUGUCAAUAUAUAGAUACAAAUUCUUGGUUUGAUUUAGAAAAAUUAAAUUUAAUUAAAAUAUUAAAUACAAAACUUAUAUCUUGUAUGAAUUAUAAUAGAGGCAAUUUUACUAUAAAUCCAAGAUUAAUUAGACACUUUUUUAUAUUAAAUAUUAAUUUCCCAGAAAAUAAUACAGUCAAUAGUAUAUUUAGUGUUUUAUUAAAAAAUCAUUUUAGUAAUUUUAAACAAGAUGUAUCUGAUUUAAUUCCAUCUAUAUUAAAAUCUACUAUAUCUUUAUUUUAUAAUAUUGAAAAGACUUUCAAAAGAACAGCUACUUAUUUUUAUUAUGAAUUUAAUUUAAGAGAUAUUCAUAGCAUAGUCAAAGGAUUACUUACUACAACACCAGUUACAUUUCAAGAUUGUGAUAAACUUUUAUUUUUAUGGUUACAUGAAUGUGAAAGGGUAUAUUCAGAUAAACUUAAUAAAAAAGAUAAGAAAAAAUAUAAAAAGAUUAUUACUGAUAUAAUAAAAAAAAUGUAUAAUAAAUAUGAAAUUAAUAAAUUUGUGAUGAAAUAUGAGAGCACUUUAUUAUUUUCAAAUUUUCAUAAAGGUAAUCAUGAUAAAACAUAUGACAUUUGUAAAAAUAUGGAAGAAUUAACAUUAUUCUUAAAUGAAGAAUUAAAUGAAUAUAAUAAUUCCUAUAAUUUAAAUAUUGUUUUAUUUAGUGAUGCUAUUAAACAUAUUUGUAAAUUAAUUAGAAUAGUAGAUAAUUUAAAAGCACAUGCAUUAUUAUUAGGUAUAGGAGGAUGUGGAAAAACAACGAUAUCUAAAUUUUCAUCUUAUAUAUCAUCGAAAACAUUUUUUGAAAUGGAUUUUUCUGCACAGUGUACUGAUAAUGAUAUUAAAAAAUAUUUACAAAACAUUUUUCAUAAAUGUGCUAUGAAAAAUGAAGAUAUUGUUUUAUUUUUAAAAGAAAGUAAAAUACAUGAUACUUUCUUUAUAUAUGUUAAUGAAUAUAUGUGUUCAAAUAAUAUUAUAGAUUUAUAUACAAAAGAAGAACGAGAUUAUAUAAUACAUAAUAUCAGAAAUAUAGCUAAAGCAGAUGGUAUAGAACAAUCAGAUAAUAGCAUAUUCGAUUAUUAUAUUAAAAAAGUAAAUGAUAAUCUACAUUUCAUUUUAUGUUUUUCACCAACUAGUAAUAAUUUUAGAGAUAAAUCAAACAAUUUCCAAUGUAUAUUAAAUAAUACUAUGAUAGAUAUAUAUGAUAAUUGGGAAGCUGAUUCUUUAAUGUGUGUAGGGAAAAAUUAUGUUAGUAAUAUAUAUAUGAAUAUAAAUACGGGCGAUAUUUUAUUAGAUCAAGAAUAUAUUAACUUAAAAAAUAAAAAUAUAGAAAAAGAUACAACUUUGGGAGAGAAACAGAUAGGGAAAAAUUAUAUCCCUACAAUAUCAACAAUUGAUAGAGAUGAUAAUUAUAAAGACAUGGAAAAUAAUAUGAAUGAAAACCAUUUGAAUGACCCAAUGGGCAUGUUAGACAUGAAUAAAACAAACAUCAAAAAUGGGGACAUUACAACAACGAUAGAUAAUAUUACUAUUAAUAAUAAUAAUAAUGGGGAUAAUGUUGAUGGUAAUAUUUUUUUCAAAAAUACAGAAGGAAAUGAUGAAAACAUGAAAAAAAAAACUUAUAGUAAUAAUGUGAUGAACCAAAAUGAUCUCAAUACAAAUAUUACGAACAAUAAUAAUAAUAGUUGUAGUAAUAAUAAUAUUUAUGAUAAGAAUGAUAAUAUACUAAACGAAGAAGAAUAUGUAAAUCUAAAAGAUAUUAUAACUGAAUAUCUAAAAGAAUGUUAUGAAGACCUAUUAGAUAUAUCAUCCUUUUAUUAUUCUCAUGAACGCUCCCAUAUUUAUAUAACACCCAAAUUAUAUCUUGAAAGUAUCAAAACAUAUCAUAUAAUGUUACUAAAAAAUAUUACUAAUAUAAAUAAUAAAAUGAAUAUGCUUAAAAAUGGUAUCACAAAAAUGAAUGAAACUAGUUCAAAUGUAGAAAAUAUAAAAAAUUGCUUAAAAGAUAAAAAGAAAAUAUCAGAAGAGAAAAUGGAAGCUGCUGAAAAAUAUGCAAUAGAUAUUGGUAAUGAAAAAAUGAUUGUAAAAAAAGAGAGUGAUUUAGCUGAUAUAGAAGAACAAAAUUGUUUAGAAAUCCAAAAAAAAGUUCUUAAACAACAAGAAGAAUGUGAAAAUGAUAUAAGAUUAGGUAUUCCAUUAAUUGAACAAGCUGAAGAAGCUUUAAAUACUUUAAAUAAAAAAAAUAUUCAAGAAUUAAAAACUUUAAACAAACCACCUCCAGGAGUAGAAGAUAUUACUGCAGCUGUUAUGCAAUUAUUAGCUACAAUUGAUACAACUAUAUCUAUAGAUAAAUUUGGAAAAAUUAAAGAUCGAAGUUGGAAAUCUGCACAAAAAAUGAUGAUUAAUCCUGAAAAAUUUAUAUCGUUACUUAAAGAUUAUAAAAAUAAGAUUGAUGAAAAUUUGGUUCCUGAUUGUAACUUUAAAUAUGUAGAAAAUUUAAUUAAUUUACCACAUUUUAAUAAAAAUGCAAUACAAAAAAAAUCUAAAGCUGCUGCAGGAUUAGCUGAAUGGGUUUUAAAUAUAACAUCAUUUUAUAAAAUUAUUCAAAAUAUUUUACCUAAAAGAAUAUUAUUAGAUAAUACAAAAAAAGGUUUAGAAGAAGCUAAUGAAAAAUUACAAAAUGUACGUGAAAAGGUACAAUCACUAAAAGCAAAAUUAAGUGAAUUAAUAAGUCAAUAUGAUCAUGCUAUAUAUGAAAGAGAUCUUGUUAUUCUAGAAGAAAAGAAAUUAAAAACAAAACUAGAAUUAUCAAUUAGAUUAAUAGAUGCUUUAAGUAGUGAAGAAAUAUCAUGGUCAAAACAAUAUGAAAGUUUAAAAAAAAAAAAAAAAACAAUCUUAACAGAUAUAUUACUCUCAUCUACUUUUGUUACGUUUUGUGGUGGAUUUACUAAAAAAUAUAGAAAUAAAAUUAUGACAAAUUGUAUAGACACAUUAAAGAGAAAAAAUGAAAUACAAAAUAAUAUUUUUAAUAGCAUGCACAAAAAAAUAAAUAAUAACAUCAAUGGUAAUAGUAAUAAUAAUAAUAAUAAUAGUAAUAGUAAUAAUAAUAAUAAUAAUAGUGCAAAUUUUGGAUAUAAUGAUAUCCAAAAAAAAAAAACAGAUAACCAUAACUUUGACAUAUCAAACAAAUUGAAUAUAAAAAAUGAUAACAAAGAUAAUGAAUUAGGGAAUGAUAAUUUAAAAAAAGAAGAAAUGAUUUAUGAUAUAUUCUUAGUAAAUAAUUUUAAUUUAGAUUUAUUAAUAAACGAAGAAGUUUUAUCUAAAUUAAGUAAACAAGGUUUAACAUUAAAUUCGGUAUGUAUUGAAAAUAAUAUAAUAUUAGAAAAUAGUGAUAAGUUCCCUAUUAUUAUUGAUCCACAAAUGGAAAGUUUAAAAUGGUUAAUUAAUAGUCAUAAAGAAAAGAGUGAAAAAUUAAUUAUCACAGAUAUUAAUGAUAAAAUAUUAUUAAAAAAAAUAGAAGAAUGUAUAUCCUUUGGUUAUUCUAUUAUUGUUGAAAAUGCAGAUGAAUAUAUUGAUAAUACAUUAUAUAAUGUUAUAUCAAAGAAUAUAAUUAAGAGAAAAAAUAAUUAUUAUAUUAAUAUUAAUGAUAAAGAACUUAUGUUUCAUCCAUCUUUUUAUAUAAUAUUACAUACACAAUUGUCAAAUCCUCAUUAUCAACCUGAAAUACAAUCGGCAUGUUCUCUAAUAAAUUUUACGGUUACACCAGAUGAUUUAGAAGAACAUUUAUUAUCUAUUACUCUAGAAAAUGAAUUUAAUCAUUUAUCAAAAAAGAAAAAGAAAUUAUCAUUAUUAAAAUAUGAUUAUAUGUGUCAACUCUCUUUUCUUCAAUCAUCAAUCUUGCAAAAAUUAACAGAUGCUAAAGGAGAUAUUUUAGAAGAUGUUUCAUUAAUCGAAAAUUUAGAAAAAACCAAAUUAUUAAGUGAAAAUAUAGCUAAAAAAACAGAAAUAGUCAAAAAUACAGAAGUACAUAUUAAUACUAUUAUCAACUUAUAUAGACCUUUAUCAAAAAGAGGAGUCAUGUAUUUCUUCAUUUUACAAAAAUUAAAAAACUUACAUUCAUUCUAUUUCUAUUCUUUAGAAAUAUUCUUGAAAAUAUUUAUCAAAUGCUUGAACGACAGUUCUCCAAAUAAAUCACCCAGUAAGGUGAACCAGGAGCAAGAGUAUUAUCUUAAAAGUGAAGACAACGAUUUUGAUGAUGAUUACAUUGGUAGUAUAAAAGAGGAGGAAAAAGUAGAAGAUGGAAUGGUUGACGAAGAAAAAAUGGAAGAGCAAAAAGUGGAAGAGGAAAAAAUGGAAGAGGAAAAAAUGGAAGAGGAAAAAAUGGAAGAGGAAAAAGUGGAAGAUGAAAAAGUGGAAGAAGAAAAAGUGGAAGAUGAAAAAGUGGAAGAUGAAAAAAUGGAAGAUGAAAAAGUUGUUGAAGAAAAGAUGGAAGAAGAAAAAGUUGUUGAAGAAAAGAUGGAAGAAGAAAAAGUUGUUGAAGAAAAUAUGGAAGAAGAAAAAGUUGAUGAAGAAAAGAUACAAGAUGGACAAGUUGAUGAAGAAAAGAUACAAGAUGGACAAGUUGAUGAAGAAAAGAUACACGAUGGACAAGUUGAUGAAGAAAAUAUGAAAGAAGAAAAUAUGAAAGAAGAAAAUAUUAUUGAAGAGAAUGUGAAAGAAACUGUUGAUGAAGAAAAUGUGGGAAAAGAAGAAAUGGAAAAGGUCAAAAUAGAUGACUCCAAAGUUUAUGAAAAUAAAGGGGAGAAUAAAAAUUGCACAUAUGAAGAAAACGAAAAAAUUGAUAAGGACAAAGAAGAUGAUUUAGAAGGAGAAGAUUUAGAAAACGAUGAUUUUACAAAUGAAGAAACGAAAAUAGAUAAGAAUGAAGUUGAAAAAAGAGUAAAUAUGCUAACAGAUUUAUUGAAUAUAAAAAUGUGGAUGUAUAUGGAUAAAGGUUUAUUAGAGAGAGAUAAAUUAAUUGUAAAAUGUUUGAUUAUGUUACAUUUAGAAAAAUUAAAUGACAAAAUAAGCGAAGAAGAGGAAGAAAUUUUUAUUAAUCCUAAAUAUAAGUUAAGUAGUAAUAAUAUAACAAUUAUUAAAAAUAAAAAAGAGAAUGAAAGUAUGGAAAAAAAAUUAAUGAAUAAAUCAUUUAUUAAUGAAGAAUUAUAUGAAGAUUGUAAGAAUUUAGAAAAUUUAAAAGAUUUUGAAAACAUUACUGAAAGUUUUGAAAGUGAAAGUAUGUCAUGGAAACAAUGGUUUUUAAGUGAAAAAGUAGAAAAUGAAGAAUUACCUAGAAAAUAUAAUAAUAUAAAAGAUUUUUCAAAAUUAUUAUUAAUUCGAGUAUUACGUAAAGAUAGAUUUUUAAUUUCAUUAAAAAAUUACAUUACAAAAAAUAUAAAAAUGACAAAUGAUGAAAAAAAUAAUACAUAUGCAUUAGAAAAUAUAUUAGAUGAAUAUAUUGAUAAUAAAACACCCGUCUUAUUUUUGUUAACAACUGGUUAUGAUCCUUCUAAAGAAAUUGAAGAUUAUAUAAAUAAAAUGAAAAAUAAUGCUAUAAAAAAAAAUGAUAAUAAUAAAAAUAAAAUAACUUAUGUAAACAUAUCUAUGGGUCAAGGACAAGAGAGUAUUGCAUUAAAAUAUUUAAAAGAAAUAUCUAAAUGUGGAGGAUACAUAUUUUUACAAAAUAUUCAUUUAAUGACAAAAUGGUUAAAAGAAUUUGAAGAAAUACUGGAUAAAAUAUUUUUAGAUGCCCAUGUAAAUUUUCGUUUAUUCUUAUCUGCAGCUAUACCAAAUGAAAAAGAUACUAAAUUAUUACCCGAAAAAUUAUUAAAGAAAUGCUUUAGAAUAAAUAAUGAAAAAUCAUAUAGUUUAAAAGAUAACAUAAAAUGUUGUCUUGAUAAAUUUGAAAACGGACAAUAUGAUGAUAAAUUAAAAACAGUAAUAUUGGGUCUUUCUUAUUAUCAUAGUUUAUUAUUAGGAAGAUUUUUAUAUGGAAAAAUCGGAUUUAGUCAAUCAUACUCAUUUAAUGAUAAUGAUUUAGAAAUUUCAUUUAAUAUUAUUAAAAGAUAUUUAAAUACAUAUGAAAGUUUUCCUUUAGCAGAUGUAUUAUUUUUAAUAGGAGAAAUUAUAUAUGGUGGACAUAUAACAGAUAUAUGGGAUAGACGAAUAAAUAAGACAUAUGUUAAGAAUAUACUUAAAGAGAUAUAUAGAAAUAUAAUAACUAUAAAUGAAAAAAAGAAAAAUAGUCUUACAACAAAUAUGUCAUAUAAUGAAAAAAAGAAAAACUUUAAUAUGGAUUUUCACCACCCAAAGGAUAGUAAUAAUAAUAAUAGUAAUAAUAAUAAUAAUAAUAAUAAUAAUAAUAAUAAUAAUAAUAAUAAUGAUGAUGACAGUUAUAGCAAUAAUAGUAAUGAUAACGAAGAUGAAAGUGAAGAAAAACUCAUUUUAAAAAAUACCAAACAUAAUAUUUUGUUCGAUGUAUUUAAGUUUCCUGAUUGUAGUAAAUAUAAUAUCAAUCAACUAAAAAAAUAUAUAGACGAGAAAUUGAAUAAAGAACAAACUUAUUUAUUAGGGUUACACAUAAACGCCGAAAUUGAAUAUAUGAAAAAUGAAUGUUCACGAAUAUUACAAACUUUACAAGAAUUAAGUAAUAAAGAAAUUGCAUCAACAGAAAGUUAUAAAAAAAAUACGAAAAUAAGAAAUACAGAAAAAAUUGGUGAUAAUAAAUAUGCACAUGAUCAAAAAAAGGAAACGAUACAUAAAGAGGAAGAUGAUGAAGAUGAAAAACAUUCAGGAAGUAAUAAAAGUACAAAAAUUAUAUAUGAUAUAAUUAAUCAUUUAUUAAAUGAAUUACCAGAUAAAAUUGAUACAAAUGAUUUAAAAAUCGAAGAUAGUCAAACAAAUACAUUUAUGGUAAUAGCAUUAAAAGAAGCUGAAAAAUUUAACAAAUUAAUAGAAUGUAUUAAUGAUACAUUAAUAGAAAUUAAAUUAGUAUUAGAUGGUAUAUUAAAUAUGAAUGAUAAAAUUCAAAAUACUAUCAAAUCAUUAAUGUUACAUAAUAUACCACAAAUAUGGAUAAAUUAUUCUUAUCCAUCAAAAAAAAAAUUGAUGCCAUGGUUUGAAAAUUUUAAAUUAAGAAUAAUAUUUAUAAAAGAAUGGGUUUCUAAAAUAAGAAAUAAUAUUUUUCUACCAAAUUCUGUAUGGUUAUCUGCAUUAUUUAAUCCUAUCUCAUUUCUAACAGCUAUUAAACAAAAAUUUGCUCAAGAAAAUAAAGUACCUAUUGAUAAACUUAAAUUAAAAUGGCAAGUAACCAAUAUAACAAAAUUAGAAGAUUUAAAUAAUAAAAAUAAUGCAUUAUAUAUUCAUGGAUUAUAUUUACAAGGAGCUUCUUGGUUUAUCAAUUCGAAAAAUGAUACCUUUACAUUCGAUAAAGAUAAUAUAAAUGAUAAUAUAUCUUAUGGAAAUAUAAUAGAAUCUGUGCCUAAACAUAUCUAUUAUUCUAUGCCUCUAAUUUAUGUAUAUUGUAUUACUAAUGAACAAAAUGAACUCUUAAAAGAAAAUAUGGAAUAUCGUUCAUUGGAUACACCUCUUUAUGUCACUUCAGACAGGGGAAAUACUUUUGUUUGUUCAAUAGAUUUAAAUUUAGAAAUGGAAGAUAUAGAAGACAAAUGGAUAUUAGCUGGUGUUGCACUUUUCUUAUCGGAUGAUUAA